CCGAGGCCUGGGCGGUGUGGCGUUAGCGGCCGGUGUGUUUUUGUAAUGCCUUCGGAUUCAUCCCGCAAUCUUUAAGCCUCUGAUAUUUGUGGAAAUCUUUCAUGUUCAGACAAGCGUGUGGACAGACCUGUUUUGUAAAUGACAUGGCAUUUCGUUUCUGCAGGCAGUCGGUGUGUUUUAAAAGCAGCAGGUGGUUAAGGACUACAUCAUUUAAAAAAAGAUUUAGAGUUAAAGAGGAAAUACAUCGAUUUGUUUUGUUUGUUUGUUGGCAGAAAAGAACUGGACAAAGGGAAACUGUCAAUAAACAACUACACAAUGAACCCUAAAAUAACCUUUGAACCGCACCUUCAGUCCUGAACAGGAUAUAUUGGUGUCCGCUUCAGUUUCUUUUUCACUUUUCACUGUGAGGCUCAGGUGAAUCAAAUCAAAUUUUAUUUGUGUAGCACAUUUCAGCAAAGACACCUCCAGCCUCCCUGACAUCCACUGCAGCCAUGGGUGAGUGGUGGUUCCUCGGGAGCGUCUUCGACAGCCUCCAGGCCCACUCGCCGAUGCUCGGACGCUUCUGGCUCUUCCUCAUGCUCGUGUUUCGGAUCCUGAUCCUGGGGACUGUGGCCAGCGACCUGUUUGAGGACGAACAAUCGGAGUUUUCUUGCAACACCCUCCAGCCGGGCUGUAAGCAGGUGUGCUAUGACAAGGCGUUCCCCAUCUCCCAGUACAGAUUUUGGGUGUUUCACAUAGUUCUGAUUGCCACGCCGUCCAUAGUUUUUCUCAUGUACGCCACACAUCAUCAUAACAAAAAAGCCUUGCGGCCCAAGUCGAAGCGCAGCAGCAUUCAGAACUACAUAGACGACCGCCGUCUGAGGAGGCUGUACAUCGUAAACGUCAUCUUUCGAAUCAUAGCGGAGGUGAGCUUCUUGGUGGGUCAGUGCAAGCUGUACAGCUUCGAGGUGCCGGCCCAGUACCCCUGUGAUCGCUUCCCCUGCCCCUACACCGUUGACUGCUUCACCUCCCGUCCUAUGGAGAAAACCAUCUUCCUCUACUUCUACUUUGGCGUGGGCGUCCUGUCUGCCUUUUCUAGCAUUCUGGAGCUGUUCUACAGCUCCAUAAAGUGGUUCUGCUGUGACCAACGAGACUUUCAUUCGGAGGAUUGCGAGAAUCUCCAGAACUUAAGGCAACAUGAGUCGGGAAAGAGGACGGCGUCAGACAGUGCAUCCAGCAGCGUGCAGCUAAAGAAAGGAUCGGUGAGGAGCAGCAAGACCAUCUCCACUAAGGGCAAGAGAGGCAAAUAUGUGAGCACCAGGACGUGCGUGGUUUGACAGGCUGCCACCAGUUCCUGCUCAAAAAACGUUUUUUUGUUUUUUUGUUCUUCUUUUCUAGCAGUAUACGUCAUUUCAUCUGAAAAUGCCAUGUAUGUAUGUGUGACAGAGUUUCCCUGGUGGGAGACAUAAUAAGGAAGUUCCUGAAGCGAGGUCAGGAAAUGAGUGUAAAGACGAGGCCUGAUUGGCCAGCCGGGAUCGUGAAUCACGUCCGGGUGACAGAGACAAAUCUGACAGUUUCUAUCCAUCAUUGAAAGCGUCUGAAAUGAAAUGUUUUCCAAGCACUGAUUGAUUAUUCUCUGUCUGUCAGCGUGUGUGUGAGUGCCAGGUGAAAGCACUCACACACACGUUGACAUCAGAAAAAAUACAUAUAUAUAUAUAUUUUUUUUUUAAUGAGUUAGCUGCUUAGCUUAGGCUUUGCUAAAUUUUAGCCAACUCAAAAGCAAUGCUACAUUUAAAUUUUUGUGAAGGUUUUCUACCUGCUGACAAACUGAUGAAUUUUUUUUUACAUUUGUAAGUGUACUGGUCAAAUGUCAGACUGCUCCUUCUGAAACAGGAUUUUUCAGUUUGAAAAUAAAAGUUGAAAUUAUAGUUUACGUCCGCUGCCAGCAUAAAUUUGUCUGGUGUGGUUGGAGUUUGAAAAAAGGCCUUUUUAAUUCUUUUGAAUUUUAUAAAACUAUUAUUGUCUACAUGAUACUUUAAAUCCAUAGUAAACAUAAAUGUGAUUUGUUUUGGAAAUAAGGCACCAAUUUUAGACUGAAGUAAAUACCACCACAUAUUACCCAACAUUUUAACUGAUUUCUUUUUCCAACUGGUUCAUACACAUUUUUAUAUCAGUGAUGGGUCAUCAGGGCCUCCAUGCACUGUCGAAAUGCCUACUAUUUACAACCUAACUUAUUGUUUGUUCAA